AUGAAACACGUCUUGUUCGGUCAAAGGUUUGACACCGACCUAUCGGGCUGGGCCGAACCGCGCCCACGAAGUAAAGCCAGCCAAAUUGUGGCCAAAUCGGGACACGAAUAUUCAGAAAGAUUUGGUUGGAAAUUUCCGAAGCAAAACCGAAGUUGCCGCGGCAAAAACGAAAAAUGGAGGCCCCUUUCGGGGCGUGUGAAGCGUAUUUCCGGCCUGAUCUACGAAGAAACUCGCGGUGUGCUGAAAGUGUUCCUCGAGAACGUGAUCCGUGAUGCCGUGACGUACACCGAGCACGCCAAGCGCAAGACCGUCACCGCCAUGGACGUCGUGUACGCCCUGAAACGCCAGGGACGCACUCUGUACGGUUUCGGAGGCUAA